CGCGUGGAGGGGGGGGGGCAGGGAGGCAGGGGAUGGUUGGACUGGUGAGUUUUACGAGUGCUUGUGUUGUGUUGGAUGAGGGGACACCCAAAGACCCUCCAUCCGGGCUCAUCAGUCACCUUUCUCCGCCUGUCUCCGCGCCAGGCCGGGUACUCUCUCUCUACCCCACACUCAAGUGACGCAAAAUGCCCUUCAAUGGCGAGAAGCAGUAUGUGGGUGAGGACCAGCCCAGCGACUCAGAUUCUUCCCGGUUUUCCGAAAGCAUGGCGUCGCUCAGUGACUAUGAGUGUUCCAGGCAGAGCUUUACAAGUGACUCCUCCAGCAAAUCCAGCUCUCCUGCUUCAGCAAGCCCUCCCAGGGUUGUAACAUUUGACGAAGUGAUGGGUGCAGCAAGGAACUUAGAAAACAUGACUCUUGUUCAUGAAAUUGCCGUAAAUGAGAACUUUCAACUGAAACAAGAUGCCCUCCCUGAGAACAGCUUGGCCAGCCGAGUGAAGCGCAUUGUCCACCAGGCCUACUGGGAUGUCUUGGAAUCAGAACUGAAUGCUGAGCCUCCCGAGUAUGACCAUGCCAUCAAACUGUUUGAAGAAAUCAGAGAGAUCCUUCUCUCUUUUCUGAUCCCCGGUAGUGGAAACCGGCUCCGCAACCAGAUUUGUGAAGUUUUGGACACGGACCUCAUUAGGCAGCAGGCUGAGCACGGUGCUGUUGACAUCCAAGGCCUGGCCAACUAUAUCAUCAGUACAAUGGGAAAGCUGUGCGCACCUGUGAGAGAUGACGAUGUCAGAAAGUUAAAGGCUACCGGCAACAUCGUGGAGGUGCUGAGACAAAUAUUUCAUGUCCUGGACCUCAUGAAUAUGGACAUGGCCAAUUUUCUAAUUAGGAGUUUUAGACCACAUUUUCAACGCCAGCUGGUGGAUUAUGAGAGAACCAAGUUUCAGGAAAUUUUAGAAGAAACUCCAAGUGCUCUUGAUAAAACUACAAAAUGGAUACAAGAGUCUGUAAAUGAAGAAUUACUUGCUGUUUCUGAGACCACUUUAACUCCUGGGGCCAAAAACAGCUCCAAGCCAAGCCUGAGCCCUACACUGGUGCUAAAUAACAGUUAUUUGAAACUGUUGCAGUGGGAUUAUCAGAAAAAAGAACUUCCAGAGACACUGAUAACAGAUGAAGUACGUCUUCAAGAACUGAGGGAAAAACUGAAUCAGUUGAAAAUUAUUGCCUGCCUGUCCCUCAUUACCAACAAUAUGUUGGGUGCUAUUAUAGAAGGCCUCCCUGAGCUUGCAGACAAGUUAAAAAGGAUUUCAGCUGUUCUACUUGAAGGCAUGAACAAAGAGACCUUUAACUUGAAGGACGUCCUGAAUUCUGUUGGUGUUCAGACUUGUGGUGAGGUUAACAAGACCCUGAUAGAGAGAGGCUUAUCCACUUUAAAUGCUGAGGUUCAAGCUAACCUUGUAGGUCAAUUUUCAAGCAUCGAAAAGGAGGACAAUCCUAUCCGGUCUUUGAUUGAUAAACGAAUCCAGCUGUACCUGAAGAGCCUGCUCUGUCUUCCAAGCCCUCAGAAAUGCCUGCCUCCCAUGCCUGGAGGACUUGCUGUCAUUCAGCAGGAGCUGGAAGUGCUAGGUUCUCAAUAUGCUAACAUUGUGAAUCUCAACAAACAAGUGUAUGGACCAUUUUAUGCAAAUAUACUUCGAAAGCUGCUCUUCAGUGAAGAAGCCAUGGGGAAGGCAGAUGCUUCAUCGUCUGCUAACUAAAGAGGAACUGACACUGGAUAAGAGAUUAGAAACCCACAUUUUGGUAUGGAAUCUGUUUCCAUGGAUGGCUUUACAGAGGUGGCACCUUCUCAGUCCUGGUCGUGGUGCAGUGUUAGCCCGGGUCUGUGUAACCCAGUAAUGUUAGAAUUGCAGAAGACAUGCACAUCAUAUAGGCCCUAUUCGUGUAUCAUUUUCAAGUGCAAAAGAGAUGUUUUUCAUGAACAGAAAGCAAUGUAAUGAAUUAUAUUACCUAUAUAAUACUUGGGUUUUCUUAAGCAUUUAUAUCUAGCUUAUCUAUUCAACCCUUAAGGAGUUGUAUUUCCUCACUUGUUACUAUCAAAUCUAAUGGUUUUUAAUUUUGGUACAACUUAAAGGGUUGAAAGUUAUGAGAAUAACCAAGGGGAUUGAUGUUCUGAAUACAUGAUGUAAAGUAAGCAGAAUUGUAUUUGAAGUGUACAAUGAAAAAAAAUAAAUCAAGCAAGACAUGUACAAUGAAAUUUUAAUUGUGUAAUAGAAACUUACAUAGUAAGUCCUGAAAUUCCUCAAAUGCUCCAGUUCACAUUUUAUAAUACCAAUUGUCAGUAUUUGUGUAGAAUUUAAAUUGAUUAAAUAUAUUUUAAAGCUAUAUGCAAAUUUAGAUAAAACCUUCCUUGUUUAUUUAGUGAAAAUAGAAACAAAUCCCUUCUAAAUUUCAUUCUGGAGGUUGGUUUUUUAUUGCAAUAUAUCCAGCUCUCUGAGAGAAACAAUUUUUGCACAAAUCUCUUAGUGAAUGUCUUUGCAUUUCUCAGGCCAUUGUAAGGUUUAUAUAAGAUUUUAAUAUUUUUACAUAAGGCAGGAAUGGUUUGAAUUGGUCUACUUGUAAGAAGAAGGGAAGCUUAACAAUAAAACGAUAUGCCAGGAGAUCCCCAUUCUCAGUGAAGCUCACAAAAAAGAAGUGUUUGAACUUUGGCUGUUUUAGAACCACAUAACUUGCUAGCAAAUGCCUUCUGUGCUGAUUAGAUUCUUACCCUGCUAUGACCUAGGUGCUCUUCUUGACAUUCUCGAGCAUGAAAUCACUUUGCCAAGCUGGCACUGGCUGUCCUUAGAGAAACCUGCUUGUCCUGGAAUUACAUACUUCUUUUGAAGUGUUAAGGGAAACAUUACAGUUUGGGCCGACUGGGUCCAGAAAGUGCUUUAUUUGCAUAAAACACAUUUGUUACUGUUUUGUUUCCUAAGGAUUCACCGAACCCUCGUCGGUUGCUGGGGAAGAGUCUGUAUGCAGCUGAAAGUUCGUUCUUCCUCGCCCCCUUUUCCUCACCAUGACCUCCACCAUGCUGGUGCUACUUCUUUAUUUAACGAAGUUCUAGGAAGUGAUUGUGAGAAUAAAUGAUCUCCAAUCUUCACAUUUUGGAGGGCUUUGCCAAAAUUUGAGGAAAGUUUUAAAAAGCCAGUUGUUUUUCUCACAAUGACUGAUAUGUAAACCUAUUUAAGCAGGCAUGUCUAAGUGGAAAUUGACUGAAGAGCACAUCAUUGGUCUUACUGUCCCCUCUUCCUGUAUUUCCAUUCUGCCCAUGCUCUUCUAUGCUUAGAAACCAUAAGGUGCUGAAGGUUUUUGUUUUCAUUUUCUCUUAAAUUGAAGGACUUUUCAGCUGUGUUCACUUUGGAGCAUGGGCGACAGGGGAGGUCUAACAUAGCAAAGUAAUGUACUGUGUGAUUUUUGUGGUUGCUUUCUGAGGUGAACUGUAUACUUAACAGGAAGACCAGGUGCACUUCUUAAUGAUCAGAUUGGAAUUCAGCAGGUAUUCUUAUAUACUUGAUUAUACUGCAGUUGCCAGCAGGAAAACAAUGUGCAAACAUUUUUUAAAUGUAUUUUAAAUGAAGGGCAUUCUGCUUUUUUUUUUUUUUAAGUGACAAAGUAAAUCUCAAUGUCUCAAGUCUAGAUUUAGGCAACUACAUUUAUUAGGAUUUUUACAUCAUAUCCCUGAGCAUGUUGUUUAUUUGGUUUUUACCUAAAUGUUUACUUCUACUUUUAAGGUUUUCUUAAUAUGGUCUUGUUUUGUAAUGUCAAUUUUAUUAAACAUCAUACACACAUUUUCAUUCUUCUACUGCUAAAACAUGUAUUGUG